AUGGUGGACAGCUGUUGUCCUGGAAAUGCCACGGCUAUUCCAGCUGUGCCCACCAUCUCCACAUGCUCUGAUGGUAGAAGCUUUCGAAACGCUAUUUGUUUGCCCAGUUCUUGCCAGAGGAGGACAUGGCAGCUAGUGACAUGUCAGGAAAACUGUCAGCUAGCCCACAGUGACCCAAUUAGUUGUGAAUCUGUUUCUUGUCUACCUACUUGUCUUCCAGAAACUUCCUGUGUGGGUUUUGUUUGCCAACCCAUAGGCUUACAUACAGCCUGCGGUGUACCUGGCGCUGGUCGGACUCCUCAUCCAGAUGCAUCAUGCCAGCCUUUCUGCUUGGAAUCUGCUGGUUGUCAGAUGAAGUGCUGUGAUGACAGCUCCUGCCUCCAGAGCUCCUGUCAGGAAUCAGCUAGCACAUCUGCAUCAUGCCAAUCAGCCUGCUGUGAAGCUGGAUUCUGCCAGCCAUCCUGCUCUGAAGGAACUUCCUCUGCUGAAAUACCAUGCCCACCAACGAACUGUGAGGCUAGCUCCUGCCAGCCAGCCUGCUGCCAAGGAGGGUCAUGCCAACCCAUCAGAGGUGAAGGUCAGCCUUGCGAGUCAGUUUAUUACCAACCUAUCUGCUAUGUUUUCAAGCCUUGCCGAUCGGUUCCCUGCACCCCUGUCGCCUGCCAACCAUUUACUUGUAUGUUCAGUCCUUGCAGUCAGACUUGCUGUGUGUCCUCCCCUUGCCAGCCAUUUCACUGCCAUCCAGCUCCUUCUGUCUCCUUCAUCUGCCAGCCCAUGGCUACCUGCCAGUCUCCUUGUUCUAUAAAGCACCUUAGCAAAUCAGCUUCAUGUGGCAGUGUGUAUUCUGGCCAGCCAACUUGUGGUGGUUCUACCUCCAACCAGAGUGGAUGCAAAUCUCCUUCUUGCCAGCCACCGUGCUGUGUGACUGGUUUAGGCAAACCAUCCAGCGGGGGCUCCGACUUCUGCCCCCCAACUUCUCCAAGUGUGUGCAAAGCAAACACCAGCUUGCCCACUUCCUGA